UGACCGUGCGGCGCGAUCCACGCGGGCACCCGCGGAGCCCGAGGCGCAACUGGUGCGAGGCGGGUGCAGCGUUGCGCUCGGGCCGCGCACCCCCGGGUGGCUUUGCAAGGCGGGGCGGCGAGUGCGCAGGGCCGGGCCUUUGCAUGAAGCCACUGGACCCCUCGGAGCAGCGGCAGCGGCGGCGGCGGAGCCGGGCGGAGCGCAGUCCGAGGCGGGCGGCCCCGGGGUCCGCGUCCCGGUGCCUACGCGGCUGCGGACUCCCCCAUGGGCCGCUGCUGAGGCUUCCCGCAGCGGAGGGGCGCGGGCCGGGGGGCGCGGUUGAGACCCGGAGGCGGCGGCGCCGGAGGAAGCGCAGAAGGCCGGGCCCGGGAGGCGGCCAGCACCUCGCCGCAGCCCCGGGCUCGCCAUGCUCCUGGCCUCGGCCGUGGUGGUGUGGGAAUGGCUGAACGAGCACGGCCGCUGGCGUCCCUACAGUCCAGCCGUGAGCCACCACAUCGAGGCGGUGGUGCGCGCUGGUCCCCGCGCUGGGGGCAGCGUGGUGCUGGGCCAGGUGGACAGCCGGCUCGCACCCUACAUCAUCGACCUGCAGUCCAUGAACCAGUUUCGCCAAGACACGGGGACCCUCCGUCCAGUUCGCAGAAACUACUACGACCCAUCCUCAGCCCCUGGGAAGGGUGUGGUGUGGGAGUGGGAGAAUGACAAUGGUUCCUGGACGCCCUAUGACAUGGAAGUCGGCAUCACCAUCCAGCAUGCCUAUGAGAAGCAGCACCCAUGGAUAGACCUCACUUCCAUUGGCUUCAGCUACAUAAUAGACUUCAGCACCAUGGGCCAGAUCAACAGGCAGACCCAACGUCAACGCCGUGUCCGCCGCCGACUAGACCUCAUCUACCCCAUGGUCACGGGCACUGUACCAAAGGCUCAGUCCUGGCCAGUCAGCCCUGGGCCGGCCACGCCCUCUCCUGCACCACCUUGCUCCUGUCCACAGUGUGUUUUGGUGAUGAGUGUCAAGGCUGCUGUUGUCCAUGGGAGCACGGGGCCCCUUCAGCUUCCAGCAGCUCGAAAAAACAUCGCCCCCUCUGGAGUGGGCAAGCUGCCCCGGACACCUGGCCCUGGGGCAAAGCCACUAGACACCACUGGCACCAUCCGGGGCCCAGGGAAGACUGCCCCAUCGCAGGUGAUCCGGAGACAAGUCUCUAACACGCCAGCUGGGGCGACUGUAGGCUCCCCCGCCAGCCCACAGGGAAGCAACCGGAAGACUGGAAGGGUGGCCCUGACCACGUUGAAUCGGUCCAAUCUGCAGCGACUGGCCAUUGCCCAGUCCCGGGUGCUGAUUGCCUCGGGGGUUCCCACUGUGCCUGUGAAAAACUUGAAUGGGUCCAGCCCUGUUAAUCCUGCCUUGGCAGGAAUCACCGGGAUCCUCAUGAGUGCAGCGGGAUUGCCUGUGUGUCUCACUCGUCCACCAAAGUUGGUCCUCCACCCGCCCCCUGUCAGCAAGAGUGAGAUAAAGUCCAUCCCAGGGGUCUCUAACACAAGCCGCAAGACCACCAAAAAACAGGCUAAGAAAGGUAAAACCCCAGAGGAAGUGCUAAAGAAGUAUCUGCAGAAGGUCCGGCACCCACCGGAAGAGGAUUGUACCAUCUGUAUGGAGCGCCUCACAGCCCCCUCUGGCUACAAGGGCCCACAGCCCACAGUCAAGCCUGACCUGGUAGGAAAGCUGUCAAGGUGUGGCCACAUCUACCACAUCUACUGCCUGGUGGCCAUGUACAACAAUGGGAACAAGGAUGGAAGUUUACAAUGCCCAACAUGUAAGACCAUUUACGGCGUGAAGACAGGCACCCAGCCUCCAGGGAAGAUGGAGUACCACCUCAUCCCCCACUCCUUGCCUGGCCAUCCGGAUUGCAAGACCAUUCGGAUUAUCUACAGUAUCCCCCCUGGCAUUCAGGGACCAGAACAUCCGAAUCCUGGGAAGAGCUUCAGCGCCCGUGGCUUCCCACGACAUUGUUACCUUCCAGACAGCGAGAAAGGGAGAAAAGUUCUGAAGCUGCUUCUAGUGGCCUGGGACCGCCGUCUCAUCUUUGCCAUUGGAACCUCCAGCACCACGGGCGAGUCUGAUACUGUCAUCUGGAAUGAGGUGCACCACAAGACAGAAUUUGGCUCUAAUCUCACUGGCCAUGGCUACCCAGAUGCCAAUUACCUGGAUAACGUGCUGGCUGAACUGGCUGCCCAGGGUAUCUCUGAAGACAGCACUUCCCAGGAAAAAGACUGAGGAGGGAGGGUACUGGGGACCCCAGGGCAGGAAAUGGAGAGUCAAGGUGGAGGUUGAUGCCAUGCCUCCUGACUCCCUCAUUCCCCUUCUUGUGUUAUCCCCACCUCUCAUCUCUCUCAGUCACAGAGGGAGCUAGAUUAAGGUGAUGUCAUUCAUAAACUUCAUCUAAUGCAAACAA